AUGUUUAACACUAUUAAAAAUAACAACCCCCACUGGCAACAAACUAUUGAAAGAAUCGUCAAAAGUGUUGUUUCAAUUCAAUUCUCCCAAGUUUCUGCUUUUGAUACUGAAUCUGCCUGUUGUUCUCAAGCAACAGGUUUCAUUGUCGAUUCAAAACGUGGUAUAAUUCUAACAAAUAGACAUGUUGUGGGACCUGGCCCAUUCUCUGGUUAUGCAGUUUUUGAUAAUCACGAAGAAAUUCCAGUCAAACCCAUCUAUAGAGAUCCUGUUCAUGAUUUUGGUUUUUUACAGUUUGAUCCAAACUUGGUCAAAUACAUGAAAGUUCAGCAUCUCACUUUGAGACCUGACUUAGCAAAAGUUGGUGUGGAAAUAAGAGUCGUUGGUAACGAUAACGGUGAGAAAUUAUCCAUUUUAUCCGGUUUUAUUUCAAGAUUAAAUAGAAAUGCUCCUGACUAUGGUUCUUUGACAUAUAACGAUUUUAAUACUGAAUAUAUCCAAGCUGCUGCAAGCGCUUCUGGUGGUUCAUCUGGUUCACCUGUUGUCAAUAUUGAUGGACACGCUAUUGCACUUCAAGCUGGGGGCUCAACAAAUGCUUCUACUGAUUUUUUUUUACCUGUCAACAGAGUCCUAAGAGCUUUAAAUUGCAUUCAAAAGAAUAUCCCAAUCACUAGAGGAACAAUCCAAGUAACUUGGAUUCUUAAACCAUUUGAUGAAUGCAGAAGAUUAGGUUUAUCUCCUGAUUCUGAAGCCAGAAUGAGAAGCUUAUACCCAAACGCUAUUGGUUUAUUAGUUGCUGAUAUCAUUCUACCUGAAGGUCCUGCUGAUAAGUUAAUCAAAGAAGGUGAUACCUUGAUUUCAAUAAAUGGCAAAUCUAUUUUCUCUUUUAUUUCAGUUGAUGAAAUCUUAGAUUCAAAUGUGGAUCAAAAUAUUGACAUAGUGGUUCAAAGAAGUGGCAAAGAUUUUUCUAUCAAUUGUAAAGUUCAAAAUUUACAUUCAAUCACUCCAGAUAGAUACGUCCAAGUUUCAGGCGCUAUUUUUCACACCUUGUCCUAUCAAAUGGCUAGAAUGUUUGGCUUACCUGUUAAGGGUGUUUUUAUUUGUUAUGCUUCAGGUUCUUUUAGGAGAUCCAAUGAUACUGGUUGGUUAAUCGAUUCUAUUGAUAAUAAAGAAAUCCCUGAUUUAGAUACUUUUAUUGAAGUUAUGAAAUCUAUACCGGAUGGUGCAAGAGUUCCCUUUGUUUGCAGACAUGUAACAGAUAUGCAUUCUCCAAAAGUCAGAACCACUUAUAUUGAUAGACAUUGGUAUAAAACUUUUAAGCUAGCAAUUAGAAAUGAUGAAUCUGGUUUAUGGGAUUUUGUUGAUUUGGGUGAUCCACUACCAAUGGAAAAAUUAAAACCUUUAAAUGCAAAAUUUAUCGACUUACCAUCGGAUGAAGAAGGCGCUAGAAAUUUAUCAAGAUCAAUUGUUGGACUAAGUUCUCAAUUUCCUAUAACAAUUGAUUCAUACUAUUUUUCUGGAAGAAAUGGCUCAGGUCUAAUAAUCGAUGCUAAAAAAGGUUACGUUUUAACCUCAAGAUAUUUUGUUCCUCAUGAUUUGGGUAAUUUCCAUAUAACUAUUGCAGGCUCGAUUAUUGUUCCUGCAAAAGUUAUAUUUUUGCAUCCUUUGUAUAAUUAUGCUAUUUUAAAAUACGACCCUUCAUUGGUUUUAGCUCCACUUCAAACUCCAAAAUUUAGUGAUGAACCUUUGAAAAGAGGUGAAAAGGUUUUAUUUGUUGGCAAUAAUUUCAGCAGAGUGGCUUCCCAGGAAACAAGAAUUACUGAUAUAUCCCCUAAUAAUAUGCCCAAAAAUUCUUCUGCUCCACGUUACAGAGCAUCAAAUAUCAAAGCCAUUACUAUUGAUACAAAUUUAAGUUCCAAAUAUGGGUCUGGUGUUUUAUCGGAUAAAGAUGGAACUAUUCGUGGUUUAUGGCUUUCAUGCUUGGGAGAGACGAGAGAUGAUGGAUCUGAUUCUGUAUACCAUGCAGGAAUUGAUGCAACCGAUGCCUUGGACGUUAUUAGAGCAUUUCAAAACAGUGAUGAAAUUCCUAAAGUUAGAAUCGUUGAUGCAGAGGUUACAGAAAUUCCACUUUCAAAAUCAAGAAUUAUGGGAGUGCCUGAAGAAUGGAUAAGUAAAUUGGAAAACGUUGAAGGAAUUGAUAGAAUAAAUUUUUUGACUGUUUCAUCAAUCACUUGUCCAAAUUUUGAAGAAAGUGAAAUAAAAUCAGGACUAGAAAUAGGGGAUAUAUUGUUGGCAGUAAAUGAUAAAUUAAUUUCUAGUAUUUCAGAUUUCAAAGUUAUGUUCACAACCGAAGAAUUAAAAUUCACAAUUGUUAGAAAAAAGAAAGUUUCUAAUAUAAAUGUCAAAACAGUUGAAAUUGAAAAUACUGAUGAUAUAGUUAUGUGGUGUGGAGCAUUAAUUCAAAAACCAUUUCAUGCAGUCAGACAAUCAAUGAAACAAUUACCAUCAGGAGUUUAUAUAUCAAGUUUAUCAGGCUGUAGUCCUGCCAUGCAUUAUGGGUUGCAUUCAACAAACUUCAUUACACACGUUAAUGAACAAAAGACAUCUACAAUGGAAGAAUUUUUGAGAAUUAUAAAAGAAAUUCCGGACAAUACAUAUGUGAAAGUAAGAUUGAUAUCAUUUGACAAUAUCCCAUUUGCAUUAUCUAUAAAGACCAAUUAUCAUUAUUUUCCAACAUUUGAACUUAAGAAAAACACAAAAGAAAAUAAAUGGCUUUCAAUCAAGUGCAACAAUACUGAUAAAAAAGAAGAGAUCAAAGAAAUUAAUGUUGAUGUGAAUGGCGAUACGGAAAUGAAAUAA